CAAGCUGAACUCCUCACUCCUCUCACUGCCACCAUAGCGGCUCAUAUUAACGAGUUGGCAACUCCAACGCUACAAAACCGAGUAAAAGCCGCAAGAUGUCGACCGACAUGUACACGGAAUCUCGCCGGGUCUGCCCUUCACUCCGUGGCAACAAGUUUGACACGGCGCACCGCAAACGGGCGGCGGCGAACAUCUUCGAGACCGUGAACCAGGACGCCCUCAUGAGGCUCUUCCAGAAAACGGGAGACAUGAAAGCCGAGGAGAGGGUGAGGAGCAUCUUCUCCUUCGCGCAGGAUCCCGAAGAGACGGCCAGAGCUUUGAUGGCUCUCAAGCAGAGGAAGAAGGAUAAGUUCCUGCAGAUCGUGGGGAUGGUCCGACACUUUCUCAAACUGCGUUGACUGUCUACACGCGAUGACGAAAUGGUCGUUGAUUCAGACAGUGACACGCCAAUGACACAUGGCGAUGAAGCGUCCAUAAUGGACGAGAAGGGACAAAACGGAUGAAGGAAAUUCGCGUAAAGCCAACAAAUGGCAGUAUCACAACGCACACAGCGCCGAGUGCUGUUUGAUACAGAACAUGAAGGAUUGGACUGGUGCUGUGUGCGCGACAGGGGCGCGAUGACGCUCGUGUGAAGGAAUCCCGGUGCGCAUCCCUCGUGCGUUAUGAAGACGCGCGUAAACUUGUCUUAUGAACUAUACAUGUGUUUUGAAGAUGGACUUAAUCACGUGCUUCUACACCUUAUAGGUGUGUUUAAUGUUGCAAAAGAACUGUGAUCGGAGACCGGUGCUGAAGUUGCAGAAUGCCUACAAACAUUGAAAUGCCUUGUCUCUGUUCCAGUUUGACGUCGUGACGCUUGUUUUAACACUCAAUGGCCACUCAUUUAUUUGUCACAGUGUUUUGAUAACACCAUGCACUUGUUUCCAAUAUUAUUUUGCAUUGCUAUUUGUAUAAUAAAUUAUUAAAAAAAAUGUG